CCAGCUCGGCACCUGCUUCAGAAAUACGCAAGAAAAAGAAAGAGCCUUUCUCUUGUGGAUCUUUCUUAGAUUUCCUCAGAUCUCUUCCUCUAGAACUUCGAAACUCAAACAUGUCAACCCCAGCGAGGAAGAGGCUGAUGAGGGAUUUCAAGAGGCUCCAGCAGGAUCCUCCGGCGGGCAUUAGUGGCGCCCCUCAAGACAACAACAUCAUGCUCUGGAACGCUGUCAUUUUUGGGCCCGAUGAUACGCCUUGGGACGGAGGUACGUUUAAGUUGACUCUGCAAUUCAGUGAGGAUUAUCCAAAUAAACCUCCAACCGUCCGCUUUGUCUCACGAAUGUUUCAUCCAAAUAUAUAUGCAGACGGAAGUAUUUGCUUAGAUAUCUUACAGAAUCAGUGGAGUCCAAUAUAUGAUGUUGCUGCUAUACUCACCUCUAUCCAGUCCCUGCUUUGUGAUCCAAACCCAAAUUCACCUGCAAACUCUGAAGCAGCUCGCAUGUUCAGUGAGAAUAAGCGAGAAUACAACCGAAGAGUGCGUGAAAUAGUGGAGCAGAGCUGGACUGCCGACUAAAAACCCAACAAAAAGCACCAGCCCAGCAGUCUAUACUGUGCUGGAACAUUGAAUGGCAUGGUGCUCUUGGAAUUUUUUUUUUUUUCUGAGCAAUUUGAUUUCUGCCUUUUAGACUCUGCUACUUGAAUUUCUCGUUGAUGUUUAUGUUUCCUUAUGGUUGUUCUUUGAUCACGUCUUGCAUGUAAGACAUUUAUCAUGUGUAUAGGCAAUCUUUCUUUCCUUUUUUUUUUUUUCUUUUAUGGUGGUUGUUUGUAGUAAUUGAAGUUGUGAUUUUCUAAGCAAGUACUUGUUAAUGGAGUUGAGCCCUUGCUCCUAGAGAGGGGAAUAGAGAAGGGUUUCUAUUGUGCAGUUUCUUAAUAUAACAUUCAGUCAUUACGAAUGAUUAUUAGUUUCUA